AUGGACCGCGCCUCCUGUCACAUUAUCUAUGUCAAUCGCAAUGUGAGCGAAGAUGGUUUGAUUCGUCGUACUUCUGGCAUUGCCGCAUCCGAUUGGGCAACGGAUGAGGCUCGUCAGGUUGUACAGCCUUUAUUAGAUGCCUUUGGUGAUGUUCACGUUUGCGCAACUGGAGGCGGCUGUCUGACGAAAUUGUUCGAAUUGCAGGAGGGUUCCAUGCUUGAUUUGAAGCCAACUCUGGUGCUUCUUGAUACACCAAACGAUGACCCGAUUCCUGACAGGAGAAGACCGUCAUCACCAUCUCCUUCUUGCAAUUCUUCCUCAGAGAAUGUGGACAUUCAUACCCCCGAUGAGGACCUAUACGGCCUGGGUCUGCUGCAGAAGAUCAUCACCGAAGCGCAUCUGCGUGGCAUGUCUAAACUCGUUGUGCCUAUUCCGGUAAUCAGUAAUUCCGAUCCAGAACAAACCUAUACCAAUGGACAAAUGACCGAUGGCACCGUUGAGCAAAAGAGUUUGCCAUUGGCACCGUUGGAUACCAACCGUCAGCUCAUAAGAAGAUGCCUGGAUCUGGGGGCAGUCGACGUCAUCAUCUGCCCAAUGAGCACCAAAUGCAUUACGAGUCUGGAAAUUUGCGCUUAUCGAGCCCACAGAGACGCAGCCAAGGAACAAUCAACCCUGUUAGAAAUUAGGCAAGGGCGGAAGCGGUCAUGGGUUGGUGUCAACGAGGAGAAGCCAUUCGCAUAUCUUCGCGAGGCGAUGGUUUCGGGACUCAUGAAGGGGAUUUGCCGCUUAGGCACCAGCGACGACCAAAUCAACAACGCUCAUGUGGCUGUUUCCUCGGAACGGCAAUCUGCCAUUGCUGAAGCGAUCGGAACCUGGCGGUUCUGUGCUCAUUCGUUCACUGAUGAUGAGCUACUAGUUGCGGCGAUGGACAUGUUUAGACACGCCUUGGCAAUGCCCGAACUUGAGCGAUGGCGGAUACAUGCAGACCAACUAAUCAGCUUCCUUGUUGCUUGUCGUGCUGCAUACAACAGUUUUGUCCCGUAUCACAAUUUCCGACAUGUGGUGGACGUGUUGCAAGCUACAUUCAAUUUCCUGGUGCACAUUGGUGCUCUUGCGCCAUAUCCCUCGGGUAGCGAACCCCGAUCGAUGCCAGAAAAAUCACCAAUGGCUUCUCUCAUCACACCCUUCGAAGCGUUGACACUCCUCAUCACUGCCAUUGGUCAUGACGUGGGGCAUCCUGGUGUAAACAACGGUUUCCUUGUGACGCUUAAUGCCCCCUUGGCCCAGUUGUACAACGACCGAUCCGUUCUGGAGUCGUUUCAUUGCGCAGCCUACUCACAGAUCCUCCGCCGAUACUGGCCGUCCGCCUUUGAGGACACGAAGAUGCGGAACCUUAUGAUCAGUUCCAUCUUGGCUACGGAUAUGGGCUUGCAUUUUGAUUACAUGAAGAAGCUCGGGGAUGUUCAAGAGCGGCUCCAAGUGAAUAACACUACUGAUGGUUGGAAUGGGCGACAGAUCGAAGAGAACAAGUCGUUGGCUUGCUCGCUUCUCAUCAAAUGCGCUGACAUCAGUAACGUGGCAAGGAAUCAUGAAAUAGCCUUGCAAUGGACAUACAUUUUGUCAGAGGAAUUCUCUCGACAAGCUUCCAUGGAAAGUGAGCUCAGUAUCCAAUCGUCGCUUAUGACGCCACCCAAGCAGGAUAUGGCUUCACUGGCUAAAGGCCAACUCGGCUUUAUGAACUUGUUUGCCACUCCGUUAUUUCAGGGCGUUGCCGACAUCAUGCCUGCUAUGCAAUACACCGUGGAUGAGCUUGAAAUGAAUAAGAGCCUCUUCGAGCUUAAGCUCCAACAAGAGAAAGAAAAGCAGCCGUUAGACGAUCCAGUCCGAAGGCGUCUUCUUAAGGAGGGUACGUUCUCGCCAAGGACUAUGAGCUUCGCGGUACCCCAAGAGGAGGAUAAAGAGGAGAGGAAGGAUAUGGCGCCGCUAUUUGAAGCACUAGAUCGGGCAUCGGACACGACGCCCGUUGGUAAUGGUGAGCUUCCAAUGCCGCGUGCGGAAAGAGAAGAUCUAUCGCCGGCCGAUAGUCAGAGGACGAUGGGGCCGUCAUCUGCAAAUGGGACAGCUACGGAAUCUAAGGGGUCUGAUGGGUCAGCAUCAACAUUCGACGCGGUUAGAGAGCUUGCGAACAGUGACCCGUUCCAGACGCAGACCAGAAGGGACUCGGCAAAACAACGAUCGAGCGAGACGACUGACGGAAGUGUAUCCGGUGCUUGCUCGGGUGAUUGGGUCUCACAAGCGACAAGUGCCACAACAGGCAAGAUGCCAAUGUCGCCGAGUACACGAGGUACGAGUAUUGUGAGCAGGGACUCGACCGAACAUGCAACUGGAAUUCCCAAGAUCAAUGUCGACACAGCAAGUCUGAAGGAAAGUUCAGGGACACUUCGCCAUGAUUAUUCGCCUAUCGACGACGAGACGAGAUCAGACGCUAGCACAACGGGCGGAAGCAUUGGCAAAGCCGAAGGCAAAUCAUUACGGAAGAAGCCGAGCAGGUUCAGGAUAAAGGACUUUCCUUUCUUCAGGAAGCACAAGGGCGCGAAUUCACCGUCUACUGCAGAUAUGACUGGAUGA